GGAUCGUGGCGUUGAGGCGCCUGCCGGCUUGCUUCUAGCCCAGGCGAGGCGCCGUUUGCAACAGUUCCGCGGGGGCCACGCCCCGGGGAAGAAGGCAGAGCCAAGUGCUGCCCGGCGGCAGAGAUCGCGCACCGCCAGGCAGCCCGGAGCGCCCGAGGUAUGGAAGAGCCUUGAGAGAGGCUCCCCACAACGCGCCCAGAGAAUGGGACGGGACGGGGCAGGUCAGAAGAGGUGGACACUCAUACUCUUUGGCGUGGUCCUCUUAUCAAGAGAACUCGUGUUAGGAGCUCUGGAAGAGACGUGCAACUGCAGCGCAGAAGUUGAUUUCCAGGGACUGCAGACCAAAUUGGCUCCUGAGAUGUGUUGCUUGAAUCUCACCAGGACUAAAAUCAACUCCUUGGACUGGAGCAUCUUCACUGGAACUGCAGGUUUGAGGGAGCUCUACCUAUCAAACUGUGGCAUAUCAGACAUUAUCAACGCAGAGAAUGGCUCUUCUACAUUGGAGAUUCUACACUUAGACCAUAACCAGCUAAGUUUGCUCCCAGAUGGUUUCCUAAGAAAUGCACCCAGCUUGCGUGUCAUUCAUUUGGAGAGCAACCAACUCCAGAAGCUGCCUGAGUCAUUCCUGAAAGCAUCUGACCAAAUCCAGGAGAUCCACCUUGCCUUCAAUAACUUGUCUUCCCUUCCCUCGGGGAUUUUCAAACCCUCCCUCCUCACGCUAGGUCUCUCCAACAACAGCUGGCACUGUACUUGCAGCUUGCUUGAAGAUCUGGAAAAAUGCCUACCUGCACCAUUGAACGUUGAGGUGGCUUGUAGCACCCCAGAACGUUACCAUGGCAUGAAUCUCAGAGAUAUCCCUAAGCAGGAGGUGUGCAGGAACCAUAGCCUAACGGCUCUCUUUGUUUGCCUGCCUGUGGUGGCUAUUCUGGUUCUGGUCACCUGGUGCUUUUGCAAGCGGCAGAAGAAAACCAGCUACCAUCCUCACGCCGGGAAGGAAUGCCGGCUGGCUACAGUGGAGAGGAACGGUUCCAAAGAGCCUGGGGACCAUCACUGCUACAUCCCAUGUGAGCUGCCUAUGGCAUCAGCUGCAGAGAGCGAGAAGAACAUCUUGUUGAGGAACCAGGUCUUGCUUAAGCCUUCAGCUGCACUACUAGGGAGCAGCAGGGACCUCUAUGAAGAGGUGGAGAUCAAACUGGGGGCUUCUGAUGAUUCCUUGGUGAAGGCCAAUGGGGAAAGCCUUGAGCAAGAUAAGUCGGGAUCCAAAAAACCGACCGUUGCAGAGGAGGGUUACACAGGUGGGGAGUCUGAAGCCGAGACAGUGAGUGUGACAGACGUUCUGAAGGAUUCUGCAGACCGUGAAAAGCUCUAUAUGAACCAGUCGGUAGAUUAUUACAACCUGGUUCCAGGCAUUGAACUGGAGGACUCGGACCACAUGGAAUAUGAGAAUAUUGACCUUUGCUGAGGCUGCUUGUUGAUCCAUAGUAUGAUAAGAACACAAAAUAGGCUAAUUCUUAUCCAGUUUAUGAAAGGGGCCGCAGGACCACCAGCUCCCAACAUUAUGCAAACUUCCCAAAUAAUGAGAGUUCUCUUGUAAAUGA